AUGUCCUUGAAGCUUCAAUGGCCUCAUAGUGAGUCUGCGGCCCUCCCCACCCGCGGCGGAGACCUCCGGCGGGUGGUGGAGGUACCGGGCGAGCCGCGGUCGGUGGUGUGGGCGGUGCAGCUCUGGGACCUCCACCUCAGCGCUUUCCACCCGGAGCGUGCCGCCGACUUCCGCCGCCACGUGGGCGACGCGCUCGCCAUGGUUUACCCCGCGCUCGUCCUCAUCACCGGCGAUCUCACCGAUGCAAAAAGUAAAGAUUUGUUGUCGUCAAGGCAAGAGGAGUUUGAAUGGAUUCUGUAUGGACAAGUUAUUGAUGAUGUUGCUAAUAGGAGUGGGCUGAGCAAGGAAAUAUUUUAUGAUUUACGAGGUAAUCAUGAUUCAUAUGGUGUUCCUGAGGUUGGUGGUAUGUUUGAUUUAUACAAAAAGCACAGCAUUAAUGCAAGAUUAGGACGAACAGGGGCUGUCCAAAGUAUAACAUUACAGAAUAGCGGCAUGAAGUAUUUAUUUGUUGGAUUUGACAGUGCAUUGGGUGUUGGUCUCCGAAGCCCAACAAACAUAUUUGGCCAACCUACAGAUCUGUUGCUUUCUGAUUUAGAUGCAGCACUUUCACAGUGGGAUAAUCAAUCUACAAGUUCCCUAGUAACCAAGAUCGUCUUUGGGCAUUUCCCUAUAUCCUUUUCUGCAUUGACAACUUCUGGAAGAAGUAUUAGAGAUGUUUUUCUGAAGCAUUCACUCUCCGCUUACCUGUGUGGGCAUCUUCAUACCAACUUUGGAAGAAACUUGAAGCGACACCAUACAUCUGACCAGCAAGGAUUUUCUUCUAAACAGUACUUUCAGUUGGAUAUCCAUGAGGGUAUGUCAACAACUGUCAGUAAUGUCAAUUGUUCUGCAAGGACAACAGAGUCUGUAGCUGAAUUCUGGGAAUGGGAGAUGGGUGAUUGGAGAAGUGCCAGGAGCAUGAGGAUUCUUGCUAUUGAUUCUGGCUAUGUCUCAUAUACAGAUAUGGAUUUCAGAUUUGGCUCUAGAGAUGUGAUUAUAGUACCCACCUUUCCGUUGGAUUCACGGUUUAUGCAUAGAUCUUCGUAUCCUUAUGAUUUUGCUUACCAAGCCAUGAGCACCACACAUGUUGGGACAGUGAGAGCUCUUGUCUUUUCAAGAUACAAGAUUAAAUCUGUAACUGUUAAAAUAUACGAAUCACAUUCUGGAAGUUUUCAACUGGUCCUAGAGCAAGAAAUGGAAAAAACUAGGGGCAAGGGAGCUAGAGGAGCUAUGUAUACAGUCCCAUGGAACUGGAGGGAUUUUUUAGAUGAGCUACCGGAUCGAUACUGGCUCCAGAUAGAAGUAGUGGAUAUGACUGGGGAGAUUUACCAUAGUGAACCGAGGCCAUUUUCUGUUAGUGGUCUAACUGCAAAAGUUAGUUGGACGUGGAAAGAAUUUAGAGUAAUGGGUUGCCAAUGGAAUCAGCUGUACUACCCAAUUAUGUGGACUACCCUUGCAUUUCUUUUUUCAUUGGUUCUGGUUCCUCGCACUUCUCUCACGUUUUAUGAGAACCGAUUCAUGUCAAAAUUUAUUAGACCAAAGAUGACCGGAAAAAGUUUAGGAGGCUUUUCGCCUGUUAAUUUUGAGUAUUUUGCAGUUUAG